AUGCAGUGCUUUCCAUGCUUCCUGACUUCCCCUAUCUUCACAUGGUUGUUGCUGUUGUUGCCAUCGUUGGUCCAUCCCUGGUCAGUUCCUCUUCCACUACGACUAUGGAGACGAUUCCAAACAAGCCCCGCUACGGUUGCCAUUCCUCAUCCUCCUCUUUCAUCAUCAUCAGAAGACGCUCUACAGAAAGACACUGCCCUGCAAAAUGGGGUGGAUUCUCAUUUCAUGAAACUGGCGCUCUCGCAGGCACAACAGGCGGCCGAUCGCGGUGAAGUACCCAUUGGAGCCCUGGUGGUCAGGCCUCUACCACAACAUCAUUACGUCAACAACAGCAAUAGAACACAAUAUCAAAUCUUGUCGUCGGCCAGCAAUCGCGUAGAAGAAUUGCGGGAUGCCUCUGCUCAUGCCGAAAUGUUGGCACUCCGAAAAGCCGCAAACACCAUGAGAGCUUGGAGAUUGCUGAAUCAAACCACCCUCUACACCACGGUAGAGCCCUGUCCCAUGUGCUUGGCGGCCGCCCAAGGCUUUCGCGUACAUCGCAUUGUCUAUGGAGCACCCGAUUUGAGAGUGGGGGCUAUUGACACUUAUCUCCAACUGCUAGAUAUCCCACAUCCCUAUCACACUAUUCAGCACGUCGUCCGAGGAGUACAUGCCAACGAAUCUGCCGCUCUCAUGAGAACUUUCUUUCGAAAACGACGAAAGGAAAAGAUGGACAAGAAAGAAGCGUCCAACAAGAGCUUCCAAUGGCGUCACAGGUUCAAAAGAUUCUUUCUGGGAAGAAGGAAGGAGACUUGA